CCUCUCACAACACCAGGAAGAGGAUGAUGAGUUCUCUUCCUAUCAUCCUUACUCAUGUUGGACAAAAAACGCUUUUAAGAAGGAUUUUUUUUAUUUUUAUUUUUUAUUUAUUUUUUUAACCGACAGCAGAUCUUUGUGAUUCUCGUUCAUAAAAUGAAAGUGAAGUUUAGUUUGCUUGAGCUCAUUCUCGUGAUUCUUGAAGCCAUCAUUCAGAAAGUGAAAGUAAAGUUUAGAUUUCUGGAGCUCAGACGCUGAAAAUGGAUCCGCCAGCUGAUUAUGAUUAUAAUUGUCCCGUGUGUCGGGAGGUUUUCAAUGUUCCUGUUAUUUUAUCAUGUAGUCACAGUUUCUGUAAAGAGUGUCUGCAAAAGUUCUGGAAAAUCAAGAAGUCUCGGGAGUGUCCGGUUUGUAGGAGCUUGUCAAAACACGAACCAACGUCUAAUCUGGCGUUAAAAAACUUGUGCGAGUCGUUCCUGAAGGAGAAUAACGAGAAUCUUUCAUCAGAGUCUGAGGAGCUCUGUAGUUUACACAGUGAGAAACUCAAACUCUUCUGUCUGGAGGACAAACAGCCGGUGUGUUUAGUGUGCAGAGAUUCAGAGAAACACAUCAAUCACACAUUCAGACCCAUCGGGGAAGUGGCUUCUUCAUAUAAGGUGGAGCUCAAUCCAGCAUUGAACUGCUUACAAGAGAAACUAAAACACAAAGAAAACAUUAAAGGGGAAUUUGAGAGAACGGUUCAACACAUCAAGUCUCAAGCUGAUCACACGGAGCGUCAGAUUAAACAGCAGUUUGAGACGCUUCAUCAGUUCCUCAGAGAUGAAGAAGCUGCUACAAUCACUGCACUGAGAGAGGAAGAGGAGCAGAAGAAACAGAUGAUGAAGGAGAAGCUGGAUGAAAUCAACAGACAUAUCUCAGCUCUUUCACAGUCAAUCAGAGACAUGGAGGAGAUGAUGAACGCCAGUGAUGUCCGCUUUCUGAAGAAGUUUCCAGUCUCGAUGGAAAGAGUCCAGAUCUCAUCACAGCCGGAUCCACAGACUCCUUCUGGAGCUCUGAUUCAUGUGCCACGAUACUUGGGAAACCUGCCCUUCAGAGUCUGGAAGAAGAUGCAGGACAUCGUCCAGAACACUCCUGUGAUCCUGGAUCCAAACACGGCUCAUCCAUGUCUCAUCCUGUCUGAUGAUCUGACCAGUCUGAGAUGGAGCUUGACCAGUCAACUAUUUCCAGAUAACCCAGAGAGAUUCGACGAGUAUGCCUGUGUCCUGGGUUCAGAGGGGUUUAACUCAGGAACACACUGCUGGGACGUGGAGGUUAAAGAGAGUCUGUACUGGAGUGUUGGAGUAACUACAGCAUCAAACCAGAGGAAGGGACCUGUUUUCUUUAACACUGAGGUCUGGUGGAUGCAAUACGGACUGGAUGAGCGGUUUGGUUUUCCUGUUAAACAGAGGCUGGACAGUGUGAGAGUGUAUCUGGACUAUGACAGAGGAACAGUGUCAUUCUCUGAUCCUGUAACUAACACACAUCUACACACAUUCACGACCAUCUUCACUGACACCGUCUUCCCAUUCUUCUGGUGUAAUGAUUUGAAAAUUGUACCAGUUAAUUGAAUUGAACAGUCUGAUCAAAGAGCUGUUUGGCGAUAUGUUCCUCAAAGAGACUCCAUUGGGGGAGAUCUGACGUCAGAUACUUGUGAUGUCCUAUUCUUAAAGAAACUGUUCAUUUGAGUCAAUCUGCAGUGAGGAACUAGUCAAGCUUGUUUACAAAUUCUGACCUUAGAUCCUGGGUGAUGAUGCAAGGUGCACGGCCAAAGCGCCACUCAGGACCUGAAAGAGCUGGUUCAAGUAACUCUCAAAGUUUUGACUAGAAUUAUCAAAAGUAUUGGUACCAAGUCAGUACUGGCAUUUUACAAAUGUACUGGGUUAGUUCAGUUCCCACUGAUAGGCUUCUGUGUGUUCAGUAUCUCUGUGAGCACUCUGUGAAAAUAAUCCUGUGUUCCUUUUUAUUAGUUUUUUGAAGCAUUGAGCAUUGGAGCCAAUCACGGACAUCUCUGUGGAACGUUUUACCACUUUUGCCAAAGUUAAGUCUGAAUCUGCUCAACAUUGCUCAAAAUGCCAGAGUUUUUGUUCCACACACCCGUGCAUCCUUUGAUUAUAAAGUAUAAAGACAAUGAAAACAAGAGAUUCAUUGUGCAGUGUAGGUAGCUUCACUCAUUAUAACAGGAGUUUUCUUUCAAGUGCAGAACUCCAUGAACAUGUGCUCAAAACUGUACAGCUUCGGUGGUUAUAAAGGGAGAGCUCUUUAUAACCUAUUCACAAUUUGAAUAAAAGAUGUAUUUUAACAUGCUGCCAGGUACACACUGCAAAGUUUCAGGAGCGACAGUUGUUUUGAGACUGAAUCUGAAACUGCAGUGACUGUCAUAGUGGUAACAAUAGCACCAGACGGAAACAAAGGAAUCUGAUUCUGUAUGUCAGAAUAGAUCAGAGCAUCAUAUCUUUCACACUAGCACUUUUGUGCCAGUGUGCACCUGGGUUUGUUUUGUAUAGUAUGAACACUGUUUACUGAACUCAGGUGUGCACUCGCAAACUGUAACCAGUCCAUCUUAAAAGGAUGGUCUUCUAGGGCAUGGUCAAGCGAACUCUGGUACGGUUCGCAUCUGAUGUGAAUGCUGUUCUACAAGGUCACUCACUGCUGUAUGAAAUUGUCAAACUGUGUAUUUGUGUUUUUACUGACGUGCUUUCCUGAUAUGCCUGACUGACUUACUGUGAGCAGAGAGAAUUGAUAUUUAAUUUUUGGUUGAAGUAAUUGAUUGCCAUGUUCUUUUGAACCCUUUGCUUUACAUACAUUUACAUUUGUUCAUUUAGCAGACGCUCUUAUCCAAAGCGACUUACAAAAGAGCGAUGAUAUACAAGUGCUUUAACAAGUCUCAGUUAGCUAAAAGAAGUACACAUAGCAAGGGCUUCUAAAUAAUGUAAUACAUAAAAAAGAAAACAGAUAGAAUAGAAAAAGAACAGAGCAAGCUAGUGUUAGAGGUCUUAUAUAUAUAUAUAUAUAUAUAUAUGUGUAUAAUUGCAUAAUAAAUUAAAAUAGAACACAAAAAGAUGAGAAAGGUAUUUACAUUUUUUUAGGAAUAGAAUUAGAAUAGAAAUAAAUAGAAUUAUCAUUCAUGUCAAAUGGAGGCAUGUGCUGUUCAGUCUUUCUGCUUUUGAGACUAAAUCUAAAUUUUCUCAAUCUGUAUUACCAAAUCAAAGCGUCCAUUAAUGUUGCCAUCUUCUGCGUAGUUGUUACCUAGCAACAGCUGUGACUCUUUCCAUGCAAACAUUCCAUGGUUGGGAACCAAAAAUUCCGCGUCAAUCAAAUUUGGACCAAGAAUUCGAACCAAAGCACUCUAGACCUGCCGCUCCUUUUAUGUAAUGUGUUUCUUUUUUCUUUAUUAUUUACUAGCAUUUCACUGGAAUUGUUUAAAGGAUUUUGCAGAUAUUUAUUUGAAGGCUGUUUUAAUAUAUUAUUUACUUCUUUUUAUUAUUAUUAUUAUCAUAAGUAUAUCAUUGAAUAUAUAUAUAUAUAUAUAUAUAUAUAUAUAUAUAUAUAUAUAUAUAUAUAUAUAUAUAUAUAUAUAUAUAUAAUUUUUUCCUUAAAAUUUAACUAUAGUUCCCUUGAAGUGAUGCAGGGAUUAUGUCCAAACCUGGGAGAUGAAUUUUCUCUGGCUCCGCUCAAGGUUUUCCUAUGGGGUUUUUCAGUUUAUGAGUAAAAUAAGGUCUGUGGUAAUCCUAAUUUGACAAUACUUUGAUGUUUUGUUCUCUAACGCAAAUGGCACACACCCCAAAUGUUCUCAUGUAGUCAUUUAUAACAAUAAAUACAAUGCUUAUAAACUGAAAACCUCACAGGAAGAUCUUGAGGGAACCCGUGGUGAAUUAGUCAUAAUCCCUGCUCUACUCCUUUGUUUUUGCUGUGAUACCAAAAAUGGUUGUAAAAACCUUGAAAUGUUGGUGUUAAAGCCGAUUACUCAAAUUCUGUUAAUGAAUAAAAUAUUUUUAAA